AUGGGGGAUGGCUACCUAGGGGACCAUGCCCCACUUCCUCUGGCCAUACCCACCCUGGACAGCUUUCCACUGCUCCCCAAGUCACUCACACCAGGGCUGCUGUUGGCCAUGACGAUGGUAACAGCGGUGGUGGCCCAGCCUGCCAGUCUGCUGAGCCUGCUCACCUCAGGCCAGGGCACUCUGGAUGGAGAGGAGCUGAGCAGCCUAUUAAAUAGGCUGGUGGACCGUGUGCACUGUACCAGCGGGCCGUGUGGAAAGUGCCUGUCUGUGGAGGAUAUCUUGGCCCUGGGUAGGCCUGACCAGCCAGGGCUGGCUCCAGGACCAGUCCUAGAGUCCAGGUMCAUAGCCCGCCUCAGUGCCGCUGCAGCUCUCUAUCUUAGCAAUCCAGAGAGCACAUGUGCAGACAUCCAGGCUGGCCACUGGGCCUCCCAUGCCAACCACUUCCUGGUCCCACUGGAGACUUCUGAGGCCCUGACCCAGGGCCUAAGUCUGCUGCUGCAGAAGCUCAGGGCCCAGGCUGCUGGCCAGCCUGCUGGGGAGGAGGCCUGUGUCGAUGUCCCUCAGCUGCUGGAGAAGGCAGUGGAGGCAGGAGCUCCUCAAAACCCGGGCCCUGUCCUGGCCGCCCUGCUGGACCACUUCAGGAAUGGGUCCUGCUUCCAUGCCCUGCCAAGCCCUCAGUACUUUGUGGACUUUGUGUUCCGGCAGCAUAGCAGCGAAGCUAACAUGACAUUGGCGGAGCUGGAAGCUUUGAUGAAGCGCCUGGGAGUGGGUGGAGAGGCCCACAGUGACCACAACCACAGUGACCACGAUGACCACGGUCAACUGGAUAGGGAGGCCAACAACCGGGACCCCGUUCCCCUUGCCAUCCUCAAUAGCAGCUCCAGUGUGUGGGACACGGUGUGCCUGAGUGCCAGGGAGGUAAUGGCUGUUUAUGGGCUGUCUGAGAAGACUGGGGUGAGCCCCGAAGCCUGGACCAGAUUGAGCCCUGCCCUGCUCCAGCAGCAACUGAGCGGGGCCUGCAGCCCCCAGGCAAAGUCACCCACCCAGGACCAGCUCAGCCAGACAGAGAGGUAUCUGUAUGGCUCCCUGGCCACACUACUCAUCUGCCUCUGUGCUGUGCUUGGCCUCCUGCUGCUGACCUGUGCCAACUGCAGCUCUGCCACCCACUAUAUCAUGCAGACCUUCCUGAGCAUGGCCGUGGGUGCACUCACUGGUGAUGCCCUCCUGCACCUGACACCCAAGGUGCUGGGGCUGCACACGCAUAGUGGAGAGGACCACACACACAGUGGGGAGGGCCUUGGCCCACAGUCCACCUGGCGUCUACUGGCCRUGCUGGGAGGCCUUUACAUCUUCUUCCUGUUUGAGAGCCUCUUCAACAUCCUGCUGCCCAAGGACCAGGAUCCAGAGAAGGACGGGCACUGCAGCCAUGGUGGCCACAGCCACGGUGUGUCCCUGCAGCUGGCGCCCAGCGAGCUCCGGCAGCCCAAGCAGGCCCACGAGGGCUCUAGCGCAGACCUGGUGGCAGAGGAGAGCCCGGAGCUGCUGAACCCCGAGCCCCGGAGGCUGAACCCAGAGCUGAGGCUGCUACCCUACCUGAUCACCCUGGGCGACGCCGUGCACAACUUCGCUGAUGGACUGGCCGUGGGCGCGGCCUUCGCGUCCUCCUGGAAGACCGGGCUGGCCACCUCGCUGGCGGUGUUCUGCCACGAGGUACCUCACGAGCUGGGGGACUUCGCGGCCCUGCUGCACGCGGGGCUGUCGGUGCGCCGUGCGCUGCUGCUGAACCUGGCCUCGGCGCUCACGGCCUUUGCCGGCCUCUACGUGGCGCUGGCAGUCGGAGUCGGCGAGGAGAGCGAGGCCUGGAUCCUGGCAGUAGCCACAGGCCUCUUCCUCUACGUGGCGCUCUGUGACAUGCUCCCGGCCAUGCUCAAUGUGCGGGACCGCAGGCCCUGGCUCCUCUUCCUGCUGCACAAUGUGGGGCUGCUGGGCGGCUGGACCGUCCUGCUGCUGCUGUCACUGUACGAGGACAAUAUCACCCUUUAA